AUGUCUCAAAACGAUAAAAUCGCUGAGGGAUUGAAAUUUCUCCGCGAAAAGUAUGGAUUCUCGAGCAUUUCGUGUGUUCCCGCUUCAACGGUUGACCCGAAAAUUAUCAGAUUUGGAAACAAUGUAUAUCCACAUAAGAUCUUGCAUAAAGAGCAUGCGGACACCGAAUUGAUCGAUUAUUCGGGUGAAAUGAGCCCAGAGCAUUGUCCUCUCAAUAUGGAUAAUCCGCUUGAUUGGCAAUUUUCGAUCGAUGGAAACGUCUACAAAUCAAACUAUUCGAUGAUUUCUGAGAAGUGUCGUGAACGAUUGAAAGCCAAAUAUUUCAUUGUCAAUCGGUCACAACUCGCCAGAAUAAAUACGAAAGUUCUGAAAGAAACUGGCAAGAAAUGGGUGAUGCACGUGGAUUCGUUGAAGGAUUUUCAGAGUUACACUAAAGCCCUCGAAAGCAAAACGUACGUGAUUCGUUCUUUCCAAUUUUAUCGCUGCGAAGAGCCGGAGUUUUAUGUUCUCGCCGAUGACGUCAUUGAUCUCGUUAUUCUGGCUCUACAAGCUCAAGGAGUAACGGAAGAAGAGUAUGAUUCUCAUGUUAAAACUCUUCGAUUCAUGAAUUCAUCAUUCGAAGAAGAGCAUUUCAAUGUGAUGAAAUUCGAUGAUUUCGAGGAAGCAUUGGAGAAGUUUGAUAUCGAUAAGGGAUUGAUUACUAUUAUUCCCGAUAUGAUUCUGAAACAGAAUUACGUCCGAAGUCUCACUCAACUCUCCAUUCCAAUUACCAUUUUGAAUCAAGAAGGAGACGAGAUUAUGACGAGUCCUCAAGCAGGAAUGCAUAUAUUUCAUUCAAUGCUUUGUCAUUAUGAUUGGAUUGGAUUUAUGGAAAAAGGGGAACCGGAAGUGGAUUUAACUAUGGAGUUGGAGGCAUUCUUCUGUGAUAUUCUCAAACAUUAUAUGGAUAUGAGAGAGACAACUCUUGUAUCCCGAAAAUACGUUGAAAUGGACAAAGAGAAACUGAGAAAUCACAGAAUCUUUUCGAAAAUUCAAAAACAAGACCGAGAUCAUAUGUGGAAAGACGUGGAAAUCUUCCAAGACUUACCAGCGAAAGAGUACGAAAAGACAUGCAACAAAAUGAAUUUGCCCGUUUAUUUGGUACACAAUGUGCUUGAUUUGUGGUAUGCGAGACUUCGUUGGUUUGUUGGAUGCAUUGAAGUGUUCUUCACACGGGAAUCACACGAGGAGAAAUUGUUUUUGAUUAGUGGAUUGAGCCAGAAAUGCCCAGGAGAGGCGGAGCCAAUUACCCAACGAUUUUUGAGCGAAAUCGUGCAUCACUGGGAGAAGCUGAGAGAUGAAUGGGAAGCGAAAAGACCACCGCUAUUCUCACAAGGCACGGAAGCUGUUGGAAAUAAGAAAGAGGAAGAAAAGAAGAUAGCCAAAACGUCUGGAGACUCAAAGCCUUCAGCCUCCAAAGAUUCUGGGAAAGCUGUGUCUAAAAAUCCUGAAGGUUCUGGACCCGGAGUCUCGAAAGCAGUCCAAAAGUCUAAAACUUCUUCGAAACCAGAAACUUCUGAGCUUUCUGGAAAACCACAAACAAAACCUGACACUCAGAAAUCCAUUGUCAUCAAGCCGUCGGAGCAGAAGUCUAUGAAAUCUGGAACUCCCAAGAAUCCGCGAACACCGAAAUCGGUAGCUACGGAAAAGUCAAUGACAUCACUAGAAACAGAGAAGGCAGCUAUUAUGAAGAAAGUGACAGACGAAUUGAAAGAAGUGAAGAAAACGAGUGAAAAGAUGCUAAAACAAAAGGAGAAAAAGAAGAAGUUGGAGGAGAAAUUGGCAAGGGAAACAGAGAUAUCCAAAAAUCUGAAAGAAGCAUUGUCUGAAAAAGAGCGGCUUAUUGAGGAGUGA